UCCCUCGAUGUUCUCCAUCCAAUGGUGAAAACCGCAUGUCUCUAGCUCUUUCCCUUCAAAAGUUAUAAGCAAUCUACCCAGCCGUCUUUCUUUUUUAAAACGGUAAUAGAUACAGACGAUCUACACUUCUUAACAGACAUACAGAAUUUAUCCGCAGGUGAAAGUGUCGCUCAGGAAAGAAAAUUGUUUUUUUUGAGAAAUGAACAUCCUGCUAUUUGUGAAAGACGACUGCACGAUGAUGUGUUUCCAGUAUUAAUUGAUCAAUCUCGCCACAAAGGCGAUUCAAAAUUUAUAUGAAACUUCUUAACUAUAUUCUACAGUUGUAGAUCCAUGCAUUUGACAAUCGGAUAAUUUUAUUUGGAUUUCUCAAACAUGAGUUUAUUCCUCUAGAGAGUCAUUUCUCAUUCUAAACUUAAUUACUUGAAAAUGUAUCCUUGUUUGCUAACCAGCUGAUACAAAUUCUAAUGGAAGACUUUUUUACUGAUCUAUAGGCUACUGGCGAUAAGUUUCUGUCUCCUUUUUUCAAUUCAACGUUUUUUGUUGGUUUUCAAAGAGACACUUAAAUACGACAUAGAUUUUCACAAUUAAAUAACUAUUACUCUAUUUCUAAUACUAAUAAGAAGGUUGAUGAGCAAAAAAAAAAGAACAUCAUUUUAGGAGAAAAUUUUUUGAACUCGUUUUGAGAAAACUUUGGCUUAUUUUCUAUCUUUAAUUUCUAAGCUUCUUUGAAGCAAAAUAUCUUACGAUAAUUUUUUCUUAUUUCAGUUACAACUUCAUCCAUUCCUAUUACAUCAAAUGUUUGUGUUUCUUAGUGAAUACAGUUUUGUCUGUUCAUCUGAUGCCAACAUAUGGUAAAUAUUAAUUAUACUUCUUUUCUGAAUCUCUAUGUCGUUUGGUUUUAUUUGACAGGUUCAAUUGUUAUAUCACGUUGACCGAUGAAGGAAAAAAUUUUAGUAGAAUUGACGAUCGAUUGCGUGGUAGAUAUAAUUAUUAUAUAAUAUAUUGAAUAUAGUUCUAUUUUCUUAAAUUUUUAGUUCAAUUUCGAUUACAAUUGAUCAAUGGUAUAUUAAAAGUUCAACUACCUACGCCAGCUUAUCAUAUGUUAAAAGAAUUAUUAACAAAUAAUUUCGAUCAUUUAAAAGAUGACGAAUUAUUAGCAUUGAUUAACUGUAUAUUUGAUCAUUUAAAUUUGGAUGAUGAAGAUAAUGAUAGUGAGAGACAAGAAGUUGAAACAAAUCAUCGAUGGUCGCGUCCUCUAAACAAAAUAUCUAAACCGAUUGAGUUUCUACAAUGGUUAAUUAAUAAUAACAUAUUUAGUACACAAGUAUUAUUUAGACUAGUCAAGAAUAUAAUUGAUCUACAUGAGAAACAUGAGAAAGAGGCAUUUCAUAAUCAAUUACAAAUUGAUUUACUUAUGCUUGUUAGCCAUUUGGCUAAUUCACAUAAUGCUGUUCAAUUUGUUUCGCUGUUGUGUGCAAUGAUUCUAAAAAAUUUAGAAACUGAUUUAAACAGUGCUCAUACUCAAACAAUGUUAAUAUUUUUAACACCUUCAAUAACGGAUAUUCGUCAGCAACAAGAACAUAAAAUUGUAAAAACAUGUAAAAUUCAGUUAUCAUUAGAAGAAAAUAGUAAAAUUGAACGAUUAAAACAUCAAUUAAAACAAUUACCUAUCUGUUGGCUAACCAUUUUACAUAAAUUAUUAUUAUCAGAUAAAACGUUUCGUAUUCGACUUGUUUUAUUACAAUUAAAACAAUUUCUUCAGAUAGAAUAUCAAACAGUAAUGAAUUUACUUCGAUCUACAACUAAUGAAUUGCAUAUAGAUCCGACUAGUGGUCAUUCAAAACAUCAUCAUCAAUUUUGUGCACUCUCAUUAUUUGAUAUGACAUCUUGGAAAUUAUUUCAUUCAAUUAUGGAAAUUAGUUUUGAACAAAUUCUUUCUGAACAAACGUCAACUGAUGUACAUAAUUUAUACGAUAAUUGUUUAUCAGUUAUUGAAAAUUUAUCAAAUAUACUCUGUUGUAUACCAAAUGAUAUUACAUUACAAUUAUAUGAUAUUAAACGUUUAUUACAUCGACCAAAAACUUCUUCACGAGAAAAUAUGAUCAAUUUAUCAAUAAAUCAUUUACAACGUUUAAUAAGACCAAAAAAUUCUGCAUGGAAAUCAUCAUCCUAUAAACUUAUUGAUCAUAUUUUAUUUAAUCCAGCUGCUUCAAUGCUAAAUAAAAGCAAUGUACUCAAGAUAUUAUUUAGUAAAUAUCGUUGGUUUUAUUUAACACCACAGUUUGAUGAAAUAAUUUGGAUCUUGUUUGAAACGGUUGAAAAAUUGUUGUAUGCUGAUUGUAAUAAGUUUAUUGAUAUUCAAUUUGAAGAAUAUGUAGAAUUAAAAUUGCAGACAAUUCAAUUAUUAUUUGAUAAUAUUUUAAACAAUAAAAUAGUCGAAAGUAAUAUGACUGAAAAAUGUUACAGUAUAAUCAAUAGAGUAUUUUGUGAUUCUUGUAAUAAUUUGAUUAGUUUUAAUAAUAAUAAUUUAAAAAUAGUUGAAAAGAUAAUCAAUUUAAUGUGUAAACAAUUCAAAAAAUAUCUUGUUAAUAUACCGUUGUUACAAAUUUGUACAUUACAAUCCAAACAUAGUCAAAUAAUCAUGGAAUUUUUAAUGAAUUAUAUGAAAGAUCAAUAUAGUAAUAUCACUGUCAAUCAUUUACAUUCGAAAUUACGUUCGUAUGUCUGGCAACAUUUGUUAAAUAUUCGUCUUCGUUCGUCUGACAAGCAUAUUGGAUAUGCCGAACAAAACGAAAAGAUUGUCUAUAGUCCAUAUCUAUAUGUCUACAAUGGUUCAUUAACUGAAAAUGUGAAUCAACUCAACCUUGAUGGAUAUUUAGAAAAUAUUCAUAUUUGGUUAAAAGAAGUAUGUCGUACUGUUCGAUAA